ACCACACAUCAGUGGGAGGAUUGGGAGACAGUUUUUACGAGUAUCUCCUGAAGGCCUGGUUGGUGUCGGACCGGACUGACACUGAGGCCCGGAACAUGUAUGACAAUGCUAUAGAAGCCAUUGAGAAGCAUCUCAUCCGGAAGUCUAAUGGCGGCCUGACCUUCAUUGGGGAGUGGAAGAACGGUCACCUGGAAAGGAAAAUGGGGCAUCUGACCUGUUUUGCAGGGGGCAUGUUGGCCCUCGGGGCAGAUGGGUCCCCGGAGGACAAAGCCGGACAUUACCUUCAGCUGGGCGCCGAGAUCGCCCACACAUGUCAUGAGUCCUACGACCGGACAGUGCUGAAGCUCGGCCCUGAAGCGUUUAAGUUUGACGGUGGCGCCGAAGCCGUAGCCGUACGUCAGAACGAGAAAUACUACAUCCUGAGACCGGAGGUGAUAGAGACCUACUGGUACAUGUGGCGCUUCACCCACGACCCCAAAUACCGCAACUGGGGCUGGGAAGCUGCUCAGGCCAUUGAUAAGUACUGCAGAGUGAGCGGCGGCUUCUCAGGUCUGAAGGACGUGUACUCGUCUGCACCCGCGUACGAUGACGUCCAGCAGAGCUUCUUCCUGGCCGAGACGCUGAAGUACCUGUAUCUGCUUUUCUCCAGUGACGACCUUCUACCAUUGGACAACUGGGUGUUCAACACGGAGGCGCACCCCUUACCGGUCAUCCGCAUGGCCAAUAGCACGCUGCCCGGGAACCAUGUGGCACGAUAGGACCAUCAUCCUGGGACCACUUCUUCAGACUGCAGGGGGGCUUUUCAGGACGCCCUCUUUUACAGGACUGGGGUCGAUUCCUCGUUCCUGGGCACAAUUCCAUUAACCUUCAUUUAUUUUAUGUUUUUUCUUUUAAUUUUUUUUCUCUGUUGCCUCCGUUUGCCGCCAGCGAUGUUGGACAGAAGGAAGGAGGCCGAUCACCGACCAAACUGCUCUGCUUGACCAGGCUGCUACUGCAGGGGGGAUGGGGGUAUACUACGGGGCCAAAAAUCCAGGGUUGGGGCUUUUAUGGGGGGGGGGGGGGGGUGCGGAGAUAGUUUCAGGACGAGAUGUUUUAGCUGCACUUUGCAGCAGAUUUGCACUGUCUGGUUUUUAUCCUGCGUCUUGCCAAAGUUUACGUCUGUCCCGGCGGCAACUGAGAAGAGCACGCCACAGCGCCCCCCUCUGGCAGUGACCGGAAAGCUAAGGACAAUUCUUCAUGUCGGGAACAUUACCAGUUGGGGGGAGGGGUCUAUGUCAACCUGUUCCCUCCUCCUCCUACCCUGCUCCCCAGGGUUCCCAGCUCCCCCUUUAAUUUAACUUUUUUGGGGUUUUAGCGGCAUGAGCAACACAACAAGCAGGAGAUUAAAGACAUUGUACAUACA